AUGAGCUCCUCAGACACAUAUGACAGCGACACUGCAACUGAUGAACGACCAUCAUCUCGACCCAGUCGAACAAAGAUUCAAGCCAAUUUCCAAAUUGCCCACCCGCCACCUAAAUCAUCUCUUCGCCUUGCUCCUAAACUCCUUCUACAAAUCCAACAACUCGCCCCAAACUUUCGCCCAGUUCCAGUUUUAGAAAUAUGGCAACCUCCCUUCCGGAAAUCAAAGUUGACGCGAGAUUUUGUUCAACGCCCAAAGCUCCGCACGGGUGAUAUCUAUGCGACCAGCAAUGAAAACUAUAUCAUCAACCAAUCAGCCAUGUCCAAACAAUCUACGAAAUCCGAAGUUGGAGAUGCAAAUGCUCCACAUAAAGAUAUCGUCGCGGCCAUGUGUCAGUCCUCGUCAAGUUCCAGUCCAUGUUCAGACGAGACUCCUUCAACGUCAUCAAGUACUAUACACUUUCGCGAUGCGCGAUCUAGCUGGCGGGCCAGCAAAGGAGCUAUGAAAACAGACAAGGCAUGCUAUCGCUUUACAUUACGAGAUGAAGAGGGUAAAUCGGAUUCAAGGAUGAUUUUCCAAUGUGAAAAGCGAGAAUCCGGAAAGGAUGCCGGUACAGAUGAAGAGGAAUUUAUGUUGUUUUUGAUCGAUCGGACAGCUAGAAAGAAGAGCCGCAUUGCUACCAUGUCGCCUGGGGGAUUGGAAAUUCUGGUGCGGAAGAGCUCUAUUCUGGAUAGCUUGGAUAUUUGCAUGGAGUUAACGGGCCAGCUGGCUGGCUCGGGAAACGACGGGGAGGAACACUAUGCUUUGGAGACAUGGUUGUAUACACAGGUUCUUACUUUCGGGGUAUGGGUUGCCCAACAAGAAGGAUGGAACGGAUUAAGUCAACAUUGA